UUCUGGGUAACAAACUAAAAGUUCGAAGCAGAAGUUCGUCUACAUUUCGUCGAUUUGCAACUAUGGCAAACCUCUCUGAUGAUGUUAGUGUUGAAUUAAAUAAGGACAACAACAUUGUACAGCAUCCUAAUGCAGCGAUGGAGCAGGAUUCUUCCAGCGAACCUUCGAAACCACCAAUUUCCACGACCAAUUUCAAAAUGCCGGUUUUUGGAAAAAGACCUGGUUUCAAAAAGCCAAAUGUGUUUGCAAAGGAAAAGGUAGAUGACGUUCAAAAAACUACACAAAUGAAGCCUAUCAAAGAUUCAGAAAAUUCUGAGCAAAAAGACAGUGACAAGAAAAAGGAAAUCAAUAAUUCUCCAAAAUUAAAACCCACACCAGAACUUUCAUCAGAGGAAAAGCGAAAACAAGCCCAAGUAAUGAUUCCCUACAAAGAACCAAUUUGGAGUGGUGUUCCUGAGCAGCUAUAUACCUUCGAUAUUCUAAAAUCUGGACAGAUUGUCGAUACAAUAGAUUUGACAUCAAAGGGACAUUAUGUUUUUGGACGAUUACCAAGCUGUGAUGUAACUUUAGAGCAUCCUUCUUUGUCCCGAUAUCAUGCAGUAAUUCAGUAUUGCAGUACCCCUACUGAACGUCACCAGCCAGGCUGGUAUGUGUAUGACUUGGAUAGUACACAUGGCACAUGGGCGAACAAAGUAAAACUUAACCCAAGAAUCUAUUACAGGCUCAGAGUUGGCCAUAUGGUUAAAUUCGGGGGAAGUACCAGGUUAUUUAUACUACAGGGUCCAGCAGAAGAUCAGGAGGAGGAAUCUGAGUUGUCAAUCACGGAGAUGAAGGAAUUGAGAGAACGUCAAAAGAAUGAGCUAGAAAUAUUGAAAGCUGCUGAGUUGGAAAAAUCUGAAGGAAGUGUUGGACGAAUUGAAUCAAGCAAUGAUGGCUGUUCCUGGGGCAUAGAUGAUGAUGCCAUGGAGACCGAGGGAGACAACCCAUUUGCUCUCCCUGAUCCUAAAGAUGAAGAACUAUACAUAGAUGACCCCAAAAAAUCUCUAAGAGGAUGGUUUGAGAGAGAAGGUUAUGACCAGCCAGAGUAUGACUGUGAAGAAGUCAGUAGAGGGACAUAUAGAUGCCGUGUAGAUUUGCCAGUUGACAGUCCAACUGGUCAAGAUGUUGUAGCUGAAGCAGAGGUUUCUGGGAAGAAAAGGGAUGCUGUGGUGGCAUGUGCUCUGGAGGCUUGUCGUAUAUUGGAUAGAUAUGAUGUUUUACGACAAGCACAGCAUGAAAGCAGAAAAAAGAAAUCUAAGAACUGGGAGGAGAAUGAUUUCUAUGACAGUGAUGAUGAUGAGUUCCUUGACAGAACUGGAGUUAUUCAGAAAAAGCGAAAAGAUCGUAUGAAGAAAGCUGGUAAAGUGGAGGAGAAGACAGAAACAUAUGAUACAUUGUUAGCAAGGCUGAAGCAGAUUGAAAGUGACAUCCAAGAUCUAGAAGAACAACUAGCUAAAGCUAAAAAAGAUGCAGAAGCUAUGGAAGAUGAAGAUGAUCUUGAUGCCUUCAUGUCAAGAAUAAAAACAGGAGCAGCGAUUGAUAAAAAGACCCGCAUGAAAUGGAAACGGCAAUUAUUUGAUCUCCGGCAAGAAGAACAAAAAGUUAGGAAACUAGUGAAUAAAGCAAAACCUGCAAAUAUGCCUGAAAUUACAAGAAAAAUAGAAGGUGAAAAGGAAGGUACAAACGUUUCCUCGAUGGUUGGUAGGAUUAAGAUGUUGCCUAAAGGACAACAGAAGAAAGUUCCAGUCAGAACUAUUGGUCCUCCACGCCCAGAACAUCUCGAUGAAAGCAACAAGAGUCAGAUUGAAGAGGAAGAAGAGGAGGAAACUGAAGCAGGCAAUGCCAAAAGUAAUGACUCCAUAGAGGAUACAACUAAGAAUAAAAACACAGACAAUGAUAAAUCAAAAAACACAAAUACAUUAAAAGUCACAGAACAUUUAGAUACUCUCACAAAAUCUGAAGACACUAAAAUAACAGAAGAUAAUCAUGAUAAAGAAGUUAUUGCAAAAAGAGGCACUGUGACAAAAAGUGAAGCAACAGGCUCUAAAAGUGAUACAUCUACAAACAAAUCUGGAAAUAAGAAAGAGAAAUCUCUGAAUUCACAAAGCUCUAACAAAAAUGAAGCUAGAUCUAAAGGAUCCAAACACAAGAUACCCCUAGAUGAUGAUGAUGAUGAAGUUAAGAAACCCAAGGGCCCUAAGAUUUGGUCAAAACAGUACAACACUUCAGACCCCGAUUAUGCAGUUUGGAUGCCCCCUCAAGGCCAGAGUGGAGAUGGCAAGACUAAACUGAAUGAGAAAUAUGGCUACUGA